UUUGGAGAAAAAGAUGUAGCCGAGCCCUAAAUGCCUGUGAAGCAGCAACAAACCAAUGUACUUCGUGGAAACACUAUGGCUCUGUAGGCGUGUGCCGCCGUAACACUACUGUCAGUAGUGGUUCAAACAGAGAAACAGCCGCACUAAACUAUUUCUUUUUAUUACGCUUUAUUUUAAGAAGAAAGGAUAUUUAGCAAGUUAAAACGAAAAAAGGCAUUCGUAAAACACCUGUCAUCCGUGGCAGUUGGCCGUUGCCAUAGCAACUAUCUUCAUUCAUAUCUUUCUGGUCAAUUCUCAGGUGCCCCGUAUUCGCGCAGACGGCUCUCCUGGGUGCGCGUUGCGUUGGACUUUCCCAAUUGGCCGAGACCCUACCAUACCGGAAAAACAGGGGGCGGUACUUCUUCUUAAAGAACACGUGCUGUAUGCUGUAUGACUAGAUAGUUCAGUUCAUUAUAUUUAAAAGAAACAAAAAAUACUGGAAGUGCAGCGUUGAAUAUUUUUCCUUGUUUUUACAGAGAGCAGGCGGUGUGAGGUAAUGCAGCGGGUCACGGCGCAGCUCGUCGCCGGGCUGGUCGCAGCGGUGCUGUCGCUGCUGUCCGAGCAGUCCUGGGCAGAUGGUGGGGGCCCCAGCCUCUCUGAACGGGUUAUCUGGGCUGUAAAUGCCGGGGGCGACGCGCAUGUAGAUGUGCACGGGAUUCACUACAAAAAGGACCCACUAGAAGGGAAAGUUGGUAAAGCGUCUAAUUAUGGGAUGCGUCUGCCAAUACUACGGUCCAAUCAGGAGGACCAGAUUUUGUACCAGACAGAGCGCUACAAUGAAGACAGCUUUGGAUAUGACGUUCCCAUUCGUGAAGAAGGAGAGUAUAUACUGGUUAUGAAGUAUGCAGAAGUUUACUUUGCUCAGUCACAGCAAAAGGUGUUUGAUGUUCGUCUAAAUGGCCACGUGGUGGUGAAGGACCUGGAUAUCUUUGAUCGAGUAGGACACAGUACUGCUCACGAUGAGAUCGUGCCCUUCUCUAUUAGACGGGGCAAGCUGAGCGUGCAGGGAGAGGUGUCCACUUUCAAUGGCAAGCUCACUGUGGAGUUUGUAAAGGGUUAUUAUGACAACCCCAAGAUCUGCGCUCUCUACGUGAUGAAGGGGACAUUAGAAGAUGUACCAAAGCUUCAACCUCACCCUGGCUUAGAGAAGCCUGAGGACGAUGACGACGACGACGAUGAGGGUGAAGUAGGCGAGGAAGGUGGGAAGAAAAAGCCCCCAAAAGGUACCCAUCACAGGGUCCAGUCAGGCCCCCGAACACCAAACCCAUACGCAGCUGACAACAGCAGCCUAAUGUUUCCCAUCCUUGUUGCGUUUGGGGUAUUCAUCCCAACACUGUUCUGCCUCUGCCGGCUGUGAGCUAAAACUAUCGGCGGAGGAGACAUCAGGUGGAUGAGAUGGACACGGGACUGUGAAGAAAGGGAGGGGGAGAAUGAGGGGGGGAGGGGGUCAUGGUGGUAACAGCAGCACAGGUAAAACAUACACACAGGAGAGGGCUGGACAAGGAAGUACACAAAGAAGACAAUAACACUUGGAAGACCCACUGCAAAACGAAGCAGAUGCUGUAAGAAUGGGGAAAGAAAAGGAGAUGUGGGAAGUGUAUGCUGUGCGCUUCUCUGUGAAUGUGUUUGCAUCCACCUCUGCUGACCUUUUUGAACAGUGUUAGCCAUUUCCACACCAGUCCUUCAAGGUCUGGGGAAAAAAAAAACAAAAAAACAACAUUUUGGCAUUAAAAAGAUGCUCAGGAGUGAUUGGUCCGGGACGGUUUUUGUAAACUAAAAAGCAUUGCUUUGUAUGGGGUGUAACAAGAAUGCACUCCUGCUCAGCAUCUGGCCAGACAUGUUAUCUUCAAAUUGGAAAUGGUACUGCUGAGAAUUUGAUUAAAUAGAACUAACUAGAAAUCAAAAGUCACGGUUAAUGGAAAUGCAGUUGUCAUCUGAGAGACAAGUGCAGAGAUGGAAAUUUUUGUAUCUUUCUGUUCUAGUUGGUCCUUUUUGUUGAUGUGCCAUCUUCUACCUGCCAUGUUGAAAUAUCUGAAAGUCCUUUGCAAACCAGUGGGCUCACUUGCUGUCUAAGUCGCCUUGCCUUUACAUAAAUGUAGGUCGGGUUUCAGAAAUGCGUCUGUGUGCAGUGAUGAACAUCUUUGGUAUUGUUCCACCAAAUACUAAAUCAGGGCCAUCAAAAAGUGUCCUCAUCUGUGAUCACAAAUUACAAGACCCUAUUGGAUUUUGUUUGUUGGUUUUUGUUUUUUUGUUUUUUUUCAUCCCGAGGAUGGGUUUAUUUUACAAGUUGCACAUCAAAUCUUUAAACAAAGCCAUUUCCUUCAGUAAAAGACGCCAUAUUCAUAUUUAGUGAGAGGCAAAGUUCAUGCUGUGAAAAGCUUCAUUGAGUCAGUUACAUCGCUGUAUUUUCUGUGACAUCUGCCUUUUUUUUUUUUUUUCCCUGUUCAUUCACUAGUGCGUGUCUUUCUUUUUGUUUCACCUAAGAAUGUCAUUUUUAUUUUUAUCAGAAAACUUCAAACAUGGUGGCCUGUUUUUUUUGUUUUGUUUUUUUGUUUUUUUUUUUUUUUUCUGUUUGUUUGUUUUUUUUAUUUGAAUUUUAUAUCUUGUCUAAAAUGUGUUUUAAAACAAAUGUGAGUAGUUGACUCUGCAAUGUUAAACCAUCAGAACAGUUUAGGACUUCUUAAUAUUAGGAUUGUAAAUGAUUAAAACCCCCCUGACCUCGAUACACUUGUCAUAUUCUCCAAGUCACUCUUUGUAUAUCAGAUGUUUGUCCUCUGAGAGGUGAGAAAGCACAACAAUAAUAUAAGUUCAAAAAAAAUCAACUGUGUACCAGAUGUUAUAUGUGAACCUUUAUUCAAUUCUUCUCUUAGCUUUUUCCAUUCUGUUGUCGUCAAACGUUUCAGUGUUGCCUGUACCUUUUUGUGUAGUUACAUUGUGAAUUUCCUGUGGGGUCAUGUUUCGGUCUUUUGAGUUGAUCAAAUUGGGGACAAAUGAAAUCUAUGAGCCUUCCCCCUCCGCCUCACACACCCCUGCAUAUCCAUGUUGUCGGCGUCCGCUUUGACUUUGGUCACAGCUUUUGGACAAAAAUGUUCUUGGCUUUCCACGCAGACUGAAAAGAGGCUUUGUUUUUUGGUUUUGGUGGCGUUGUUGUGAAGUCUCCUGUUAAUGUAUCUAGUUACUUACCUUAAGUGCUUAGCUCUACUCUGAGGAUGAUUUUGUAACUUUGCCUGUUUCACUAAUGCGUCUUAAGUACCCACCACCACCACCCAAUCCUCCUCUUCCCUCUCUGACUAGUAUUGCUGUUGCCAUAGGCAGUACUUGAAAAGUGAUUAAUAAUUCAGGUGUCGUGGAUGCUUCCUCAGUCCUCCUCCUCAUUGUGAUUGAUGGUGGUUUAAAAAUUUGGUACCAGAAAAUAUUUAGCCAGUUUAUGGUAGUUGUGUGGUUUUUGGUUUGUUUUUUUGUUUCUUUUAAAUGUUGUAAACUCUUAUUUCAUACAGACUGGUGAGAAAUGAAAGAACAAACCAACAGUGUUUCAGUGUGCCUUGGCACUGAUUCUCAAAGUUUCCAGAUCAUAAGUGUGUCACGAAGGAAACUGACUGGUGUCUUAUGUGGGAGCUUUAGCAUGUUCAGGUUGUUUUAGCGUGAAGUUUACUUGUAUUUUCACUUUAUUUUUGGUUGGGUUAAGGCAGCCAAACGUGGUAGAAUUUCCUAAGUGGUUAAUUGUAAUUAUCUUCAGAAUUUUGCUGGUGAUGCCAAAAUGUCUUGACUGAGUCUCAGCAUGUUUUUUAAUUGGGAGUGAAACUAAACUUGGAACCUCUUUCAAGUCACUCCCAUCGGGUUUGAAGGUUUUUUGUUUGUUUUUUUUUUGUGUUUUUUGUUUGUUUCUUGUAGGACAAAGAUGAUCAUUUGAUUCCGCUGACCUUUGCCUUUAUUGUGGCACUUAGGCUCGCUUGAUGACACAGACAUCAAGAAUGCGUAGUCAUUCCUUCCAUCUGUCUGUGCAUUUUCUGCCACUUAUCUAGGUCCCAGGACAGCUCCUUAAGCAGAGAUCUCUCUCCCCAGCCACCUUCUUUACCUUCAAGUGUUCCUAAGACAGCUGAGAGACACGAAUCUCUCCAGCGUGUCCGGGGUCUACUCCAGCCUAGUCUCAGUUGGACGUAACCGAAACACCUCAUCCAGGAGCUCAGAUCAGGCCCAAGUCAGAUGCCUGAUUGAGCUCAACUGGCUCAUUUUGUUGCAGAGAUCCAGCAGCUCUGCUGACCCGAAUAGCCAUCCAGUCUUUAAGGCAGAACCUAGACACCCUUCAGAGGAACCUCUUUUCCACCGCUUGUAUGUGAUCCAUCAUUGUUUUGGUUGCUAUUUAGAGCUCAUGGCCAUAGGUGAUCCACAGGUAAUUCAACAGCUUCGCUUUCACAUUCAGCUCCCUCUUCACCAUGACGGAGCACUGGAGCAUACACCUGCUCCUUCCUUCUGUCUCACAAACAAGACCUGGAGAUACUCAACCUCCUCCACUUGGGGCAGCAACUUGCUCCCAGCCUGACGUGGACACGCCACCCUUGUCAUGUGCAAGCUUGCGUCCAUCGCUCAAAGGAGCCAUCAAGAAAUUUUUAUAAUUCUUUAUUAUAAAUAGUGUACUAUUUAUAAUAUAGUGUACUAUUUGCAUGGUUUAAAAAAAAAAAAAAAAAAAAAAAAAAAAAAAAGGGGGGGGCACACAGAUGUCCUCUUGGAGCCUUGCGCUCACCCCUUGCAGGGAAAAUGUAACACCAGCUUCAGGGGGCCAAGUGGACCCAAGCCAUCCCAUCAAAAUGCCUCUCAUAGCACAGCAGAAAAUAAGGUCUCCUCGCUGCAGUCGUCAAGUGUGUGACUGAUUUUGUUUUGGGUCGUUUUUUUUUUGUUUUUUUUGUUUUGUUUUUGUUUUUUUCUUUCUUUCAUUUGUCACCAAUCUGUAUAAGCGCCUUUCUUUCCUCUGAAAAGAUGCAAAACGUUCAUUUAAUCCAGCGCCAAAGUCACCAUAUUCUGCUCCUCUGCAAGUCUACACAGUCGCGUUUGUAUAUAAGGUACAAGAUCACACUUUUUAUCGUGUGACGGCAAUGUUUUGGGUUUUGUUAAUUUGGGGUUAUAGGUGAGGGUUUGUUUUCGAUCUUGUCUUUUUUUUGUUUCUUAUGAAGAUGACUUUGUGGCCUUUCUUCUAGGGAGAAAUGGUUAUUGGUACAGAGUAUGAAAAUUCUAACAGGCAGCCAGGUGAGCUGUCUGUCAAACAAAUGAGAUUAUCUCUGAAUAUAUGGGAUCUUCCAUUGCGUUAGGUGUAAUUUAAAUCGGAGCGGGGCUGACCUGGAGAUAUUUUAUAAUACGCUUGGAUUUGUUUGAAUUUUUUUUCCUCAGGAUUUGUUUUAGUUUGACUUUUUAAAACGUGAUAUAUUAUUGGUGUGACAUUUUGCACUGCCUCAUGUAUUUUAAAAUGUCAUUUGUGUGUAUGUAUGUGUGCGUGCAUGUGUCUUUGUUGCCUUGAAUUGUUAAAUACAAAUGCGCUUUACCAUCAUUCGCCUUGAGGUGGCUCUUUUGUUGGCUUAUGUCAAAACAGCCUUUUAUUUUAUUUUUUCUUCCUUCUCUGUACAAAAAACUUUUCAGGGCUAGAUUUUCAUUCCACAGGAAGGACUCUUUUUAGGAGAACAGGAUGCAUGUCAGAAGAAUUACGAUGUACAUCAAGUCUGUUCUUAACCCCAACUCAAAAACCCUUUCAAAAGCCACAAAAAAAAAAGUUUUGCAGGAAAAGUGUAAUAAACAUAUACCCACAACUUAUUUCAAGCAGUCUCCUCACAUCCUUCUUUCCAGACCUUUUGUUGUUGGUCUCGUAGUUAAACUACCGCAGUGGAAUGAAGAUCUGCUCUGCUUUUUUUUUUUUCCCCACAUGAGAACCAAAGAAUUUCAGUCAUUCCAUCCAAAUUGUUCAUCACAGUCCUAACAUGGUGCAAAAUAAUUACCUCUCAUCCUUUUUUUCACCUGGGAAACGUUCUAAAUCAAACUAACAUGUCAUUUCAUGUCUUGUCAUCGCAUUUAUUGAGGCGAUGCCAUAAUACUCUAUCUUCUUUUCAAACAAAAGAUAUCAUUGUAAAAGAGUUGUUUGAAUUGCUCUGUAAUUAUUGUAAAAUUGUUUUUUUUAUUUUUGUUUGUUUUGGCAUGUUGUUUUCUUUUUUUUUUUUUCCUUUUUUUUUUUUCUUUUUUUUUUUAAAUAACUAAACGUGAGAUCAAUUUAAACUGAAACAAAUUUGAACAGCAGAACAUCAGCCAACUUGCCCAUUGUCCAGGCAGCAGCCCAUUAAAUUUGAACAGCCGGGUCUGCUGCCGUGAAUGUGUAUGUGUGAGACCUGGAGUGUGCAAGUUGUACCUUAUACGCACGUGUUUGGUAAAUAAUUGCUCUUCUGAGGGAUGUAAGCAACAGCAGGUGGACUGAGAUACUGUAUGCGAGACCCCUGAUCUUCUGCCUCAGAUAUGGCAUAUAUGGGAACUGCUGAUAAAUGCUGUCUUUUUAAUAAAUGUGCUAUUUUAUCAGAA